UUGCGUCAUGUCGGGCAGUUGAUAAUUUUCCUUUCUUUCUUCCUUAAAAAAAUCUCCCCUUUAGUCCUUCCCACCUUCCACCUCUCCAUCCGUCUCCCAGGUUGAUUUCUUUCCUUGUCUCUGGGCUUGCCCAUGAGUCUCCUCGGGAACUACCGGAAAAAGACCAGCAACGAUGGUUAUGAAUCCUUGCAGCUGGUGGACAGUAACGGGGACUUAAGUGCCGGGAGCGGCGCGGGUGGCGCCAAGCAGAGAGUGAAUGUCGGGGCAGCGGCGUGGAGUCCCGCCCGGCAGCCUCCGGACCGCGCCAGCACCAUGGACAGCUCAGGUGCCUCGUCCCCAGACAUGGAGCCCAGCUAUGGGGGAGGCCUCUUUGACAUGGUGAAAGGAGGUGCAGGCAGGCUCUUCAGUAACCUAAAGGACAACCUGAAAGACACCCUCAAAGACACAUCUUCCAGAGUUAUACAAUCUGUUACCAGCUACACGAAGGGAGAUUUAGACUUCACUUAUGUCACCUCCAGAAUUAUUGUGAUGUCCUUUCCUCUGGACAACGUUGACAUAGGAUUCAGGAAUCAGGUUGAUGACAUUCGGAGCUUUUUGGAUUCCAGACAUCUUGACCACUACACGGUGUACAAUCUGUCGCCCAAGUCCUAUCGAACUGCCAAGUUUCACAGCAGGGUUUCAGAAUGCAGUUGGCCCAUUAGGCAAGCCCCCAGUCUGCACAACCUCUUUGCUGUGUGUCGGAACAUGUAUAACUGGCUACUGCAGAAUCCCAAAAACGUCUGUGUUGUCCACUGCUUGGAUGGACGGGCAGCAUCGUCAAUUCUGGUUGGUGCUAUGUUCAUUUUCUGUAAUCUCUACUCAACUCCUGGCCCAGCUGUUCGAUUGUUAUAUGCAAAGCGACCAGGAAUCGGACUCUCGCCAUCCCACAGGAGAUACCUGGGCUACAUGUGUGACCUCCUAGCGGACAAACCCUACCAGCCUCACUUCAAGUCUCUCACAAUUAAGUCGAUCACUGUCAGUCCAGUCCCCUUCUUUAACAAACAGAGAAACGGAUGUCGCCCAUACUGUGAUGUGCUGAUUGGAGAAACCAAAAUAUAUACAACCUGCACAGAUUUUGAACGGAUGAAAGAAUACCGUGUCCAAGAUGGGAAAAUCUUCAUUCCCUUGAACAUCACUGUGCAAGGAGAUGUGGUCGUUUCCAUGUAUCACUUGAGGUCAACCAUCGGGAGUCGACUACAGGCCAAGGUGACCAACACUCAAAUAUUCCAGCUUCAGUUUCAUACUGGAUUCAUACCACUGGAAACCACAGUGUUAAAGUUCACCAAUUACUGCACGAAGGAUGUCAAUCCCAGCAUCCUCUUCUCUUCUCACCAGGAGCAUCAAGAGACUCUGGUCUUAGGAGGACAGGCUCCAAUAGAUAUCCCUCCAGACAACCCCAGGCAUUUUGGGCAAGGUGGCUUCUUUUCCACUCUCUGUUGGCAAGAUCAGAAAUCAGAGAAAUCAUUCUGUGAGGAGGACCACGCUGCCCUCGUGAAUCAGGAAAGUGAGCAGUCAGACGACGAACUUCUGACCCUUUCCAGUCCCCACGGCAAUGCCAGCGAUGACAAGCACCAUGAAACCAAAAAGCCCAGCAAAAAGCAGCAGGAGCCCGCUGCCCCUCCUCCCCCCGAGGACGUGGACCUUCUGGGCUUGGAAGGGUCUACAGUGAGUAAGAACUUCUCCUCACCGGUGGCUCCUCCCACCAAUUCUGAUCUGCUCAGUGACCUGUUUGGGGCUGCAGGUGCGGCCGGCCCUGCCCAGGCUGGACAGUCCGGGGUGGAAGACGUGUUUCAUCCAAGUGGACCUGCAUCUGCACAAUCAACACCACGCCGGUCUGCCACCUCCACCUCUGCGUCUCCAACCCUACGAGUGGGAGAAGGUGCCGCCUUUGACCCAUUUGGAGCACCUUCGAAACCAUCAGGCCCAGACUUGCUGGGUUCUUUCCUGAACACGUCCAGUGCUUCCAGUGACCCCUUUCUUCAGCCUACGAGAAGUCCCUCGCCGACAUUGAUUGCUUCGAGUACACCUGCUGUGAAUAUUCAGCCAGAUGUUUCAGGAGGUUGGGACUGGCAGACUAAACCAGGAGGUUUUGGAAUGGGAAGCAAGUCAGCUGCCACCAGCCCCACCGGAUCCUCACAUGGAACUCCCACCCAUCAAAACAAACCCCAGACUCUGGAUCCUUUUGCGGAUCUUGGGACACUAGGUAGUUCUUCAUUUGCCAGCAAACCCACCACACCAACUGGACUGGGUGGGGGAUUUCCACCUCUCAGCUCACCACAGAAAGCUUCUCCCCAACCUAUGGGUGGAGGGUGGCAGCAGGGAAGUGGCUACAACUGGCAGCAGACACAGUCUAAGCCACAGCCCAGCAUGCCGCACUCCUCUCCCCAGAACCGGCCCAACUACAACGUGAGCUUCUCAGCCAUGCCUGGGGUCCAGAAUGAACGUGGGAAAGGAUCGACUAAUUUGGAAGGGAAACAAAAAGCAGCUGACUUUGAAGACCUACUUUCUGGUCAAGGCUUCAAUGCACACAAAGACAAAAAGGGGCCUCGAACAAUAGCCGAGAUGAGAAAGGAAGAAAUGGCUAAGGAAAUGGAUCCUGAGAGAUUAAAGAUUCUGGAAUGGAUUGAAGGCAAAGAGAGAAAUAUCAGAGCACUUCUCUCCACGAUGCACACUGUGCUGUGGGCUGGGGAGACCAAGUGGAAGCCAGUGAGCAUGGCAGACCUGGUAACGCCAGAGCAGGUGAAGAAGGUGUACAGGCGAGCUGUGCUGGUGGUGCAUCCAGACAAAGCUACUGGGCAACCCUAUGAACAAUAUGCAAAGAUGAUUUUCAUGGAGCUCAAUGAUGCCUGGUCUGAAUUUGAAAAUCAAGGCCCAAAGCCCUUGUAUUAAUUUAUGAGCUUUUCCGUCUCUGCUGCAGACCUGUGCUAAUGCUUAGUGUAUGUCAGUUCUGAGGUUUUCAAAGAUGAACCAAAAACUCCAGUAACAUGUAUCCAGUACUAAACUGUUAAAUCACUCGUGAAUUACUUCCUCAUUGAUAAGGAAUGUGGAUGUUUGUUUUCUCAAGUCCCCACCAGAAAAGGUCCAAAGCAGGAGAGGACUUUUUAGUCAGCUGACCUUGCAGAGUUACAACAUUCCUGCCUGCCCUUUGAGGAACCUCCUCAGCACAUUGUGGGGAAACGGAAAACAGAGGCCACAGAAGCAUAACAUCAUCUCAUUGUCUGGGAAUAGGAUUAAUGAGCAGAAUUCAUGAUAACAGGAUUACAUGAAGGAUUUUAACUAAUGGUUUUUAGAUUUUCUUGGAAAGAUAUAAUUUACACAAUGGCUUUAGACUCCAGGAAUACAAACACCGAGUUUUUUGUUUUUGUUUUUUUUUUAACGGACAUUGCAUGUCAGCAUUAACAUAACACUGUAUACUUUGGGUCAAGAGGACUAACAGAUGCAAGUGAACUUGAAUUGUGGGAAGUGAUUAUACUACAAUCCAGUGAUGACCACAAACUCUUAAAAUUAGUGAAAAUGUUGGGUAAAGAAAAUAGCCACUCUGUAAAAAAUGUUAAUCCUGGUCAGAAAGGUAGGCUGCUGCUUUCCUAUCCCUUUAGAAAACUGGUUGCUUAAUGAAAGAAGUCUUAGUACCAUAACAACAACUCAACCGGAUUUGAAAGCAACUUCUAAUUUUGCCCUUAGGCUUAAUGCUCUUCCCUUUGCUUAGCCGAGAACAUGUUCUGAGCUUGUCGUGAAGCAGUUUGGCACAUUCACAAGUUAUCAGGACCGAUCCCUAGAGCGGACUGAAUGCCCUCUAGGUUUGUGAGUGGUUGUGGUGCGAGCGUAGAAGACAACACUGAACACUCGUAACCAAACAGGUACAGUUGCAGUGAGGAAGCUGGGCUGAUCUUCAGACCCAGUCAGAUGGCUUGUCAAGAUUUUUAGGUUCCUCUCCGCAGUUGGUAGAUUGGAUUCCUUGGAUUGUCAGUGGGGUUUAUUGUUUUAACAGUUGUUGGGGAUCCACAGGAACAGCAUUCACACAGGGACGUCUGUGAAAGCAAA